AGUAGCGGGGUCGAGGAUGACCUGGAGCGGGGCCUUACAUCAUCGCCCGGCGUGACUUCAACGGCUGCGGGACUUUGCCAGCGCCCGCCCGGGGCUCCAACAACAAGACCCGGAGCGCGGCCUUGCAUCACCCGGUGCGGCGUUAAUGGCCGCGGGACAAUUGUUAUCGCCCGCCGGGGGCUCUGACUUUGACUCUGACAUCGGGGGGAGAGGGAAGUGCAGGGGAGAGAUAUGUUUUUUUUUGCCUUCCAUCACAGCGAGGUGGAGAUGCGCUGUGAUGGAUGUCUGUGUAAAUUGUGUUGUGUCUUGGGUCUUUUUUUUCUUGUAUGUAUGACUGCAGAAACAACAUUUCACUUGAGCCUCUAUGAGGUUCAAGUGACAAAUAAAUUGUAUUGUAUUGUAUUGUACUUCCCCACAGCCAUCAGGCUAUUAAACCUGGCUCGGACAAAACUCUGAACAUUAAUAGCCCAUUAUCUGUUAUUUGCACUUUAUCAGUUUAUUUAUGCAUGUGUGUAUAUAUUUAUAUAAUGGCAUAUGGACACACUGAUCUGUUUUGUUGUCAUUGCCUACUAUGUUCUGUUGUGCUGAAGCAAAGCAAGAAUUUCAUUGUCCUAUCUUGAAUCUUGUUGUGUGGGGAUGGUAGCCCUCUAGCGGUAGGGGCAGCAUUUUCAGUCGUCUGAGCGGAACCUCCCCUUUAAAAGACAUGUUGCAAAGCGAGUGAAUGAGGAAGUGCCUUGUGUGUCAGUGCAGAGCGGGUGGAUACUCCAACGAGAUCCUGUUUCUCCUGACAUUGGCCAGAGUCUCAUCUCUUAUUUGCUGCUUGACGUGAGGACUUGGCACGACGGCCAACGCGAUGGAUGAGCAGAAGGAGAUCACCAGGUGGAGGUCCUUCCGGGCGAAGACCAAACCCAUCCUGCAGAACCUGAAGGGCAAGUUGUCGAGCAAUAGGAAGGCAGGCUUGCAGAGACGCCUCCUGGAUCAGCGGAUGAGCGUGUCGGAGCCCGACAUGCUGCAGGUGGUCAAGAGCUACAACGAGGGGUACUCGUCUCCCCUCGUCCCGUCCCGCGCCCCCAAUUACUACAGCAGCCCCUCCACCCCAGUCAAGAAGGCGGACGAGAGGAGUGAAGAGGGGACCCUCCAGGAGGGUGCAGCACUCUCGGGGGAGGCUGAUCAUCCAACAAACCCUUUGCCUGACAAUGAACCUUCUCCACCCAUUGGGUUGCCCGCUUCGGAGAUGGAACCCAGCAGGAACGACGAGGAAAUCAUUCCGGACCUGACCCUGGCAGAUACAAUGACGGAAGGAAAAUAUGUGGAUGAACUUGGUGAAGGUACAGACCUGGAGUCUUCGCAAAGUUCCACGUUCUUCGAAGAGCAGGCCUUGGAGCAACAAGAAGGGAAAAGUAGCGACCCGCCAUUAUCACGAGUCCCCUCGUACCUGCUGAAGAUUCACCUGAAGGAGGGACGUCACCUGGUCGUUCGGGACCGCUGCGGCACGAGUGAUCCAUACGUCAAGUUUAAACUUGCUGGGAAGACUUUGUACAAGAGCAAGAUUGUUUACAAAAACCUGAAUCCUCGCUGGGACGAAACCUUUGUUGUUCCAGUCAAGAACUUAAAUCAAAAGCUUUAUGUCAAGGUAUAUGACCGAGACUUGGCCACUGACGAUUUCAUGGGGUCUGCAUAUCUCAAUCUCAAUCAUCUUGAAAUAAACAGCGCUGUGCGGAAAGAGUUGCAGCUCGAUGAUCCAAACAGUCUGGAGGACUACAUGGGAGAAAUAGUCCUGGAGUUAAAACUAAUCAACAAGCCAUGUGAAAGUAGCAGGAAGUCCAGUCAAGUAAGGAAAAAACGGGGGGCCACCACAAAGACGAGUUUCAUCCAAAAUAUCCGCUUGUCCGAUUCCCUUCGCAAGAACCAGCUGUGGAACGAGAUUGUCGGCGUCACCCUGUUUGAGGGCAAGGGCCUCCAGGAGAGGGCAGCUGAGCAACGUUACGUGAGGUUCAGGCUGGGAGAUGAACAGUAUACCAGCAAGGCCCUGUACAAGUGCGCAAACCCUCAGUGGAGAGAGAGGUUUCAUCUCCAUCUGUUCAACGACAGGCCAAAUAUUUUGGAAGUGGAAGUCUGUGGGAAGGACAGCAUGAAGCAAGAAGAAAGCUUUGGCGUGUGCACGGUUGAUCUUUUGGAGUUGCCCAAGGAACACGUCAGCCACUUGGACUUGCCGCUGGUGAAUGGAGCGGGGUCGGUUGUUCUGCUGGUGACGUUUUCAGCUUGUAGUGGAGUCUGCAUCUCAGACCCAAGCGUCAGCCUGCUCGGCGAUCCGACUGAGAAACAUCAGAUCAUUGAGAGAUACAGGUUGCGAAACACUUUCCAAGACAUGAGUGACAUUGGCUUUCUCCAAGUGCAAGUGAUCAAAGCCUGUAACCUGCUGGCUGCUGAUUUUGCAGGAAAGAGUGAUCCAUUUUGUGUUUUGGAGCUGGGGAAUGAUCGGCUACUAACACAUACCAUCUACAAGAAUCUCAAUCCCGAAUGGAACAAAGUUUUUUCAUUCAAUGUUCGGGACAUCCACGACGUUCUGGAAGUUACAGUCUUCGAUGAAGAUGGGGACAAGCCACCAGACUUCCUCGGCAAAGUUGCAAUUCCACUGCUCUCCAUCAAGAAUGGACAGCGGACUGGAUACGUGCUGAAGAACAGAAAGCUGGGACAAGCGGAGAAAGGAGUUCUCUACUUGCAGAUGGACAUAAUCUCUAACCCAAUUAAGGCCAGCCUCAGAACUUUCAAACCAAAGGAACCAAGGAAAUUGGAUGAAAACCUCAAGUUUUCAAAGAAGGUGUUAACCAGGAACCUUAGGCGAGUGCGCAACAUCACUAGAACGUUAUGGAGCACGGCACGUUACAUCCAGAGCUGCUUUGAGUGGGAAUCCACUCUGAGAAGUUUAUUCGCCUUUAUGCUGUACCUGGCGGUAGUCUGGACGUUUGAGAUCUACAUGCUCCCACUUGCACUACUGAUGAUCCUUGCCUGGAACUACAUCCAGAUUGCCCGAGGAAAAGUCGUCAGCCAUCAGUAUCUGGAGUAUGAAGAUGUGGAUGGAGAUGAUGAUGAGGAUGAUGAUGAGAAGGACUCGGAAAGAAAAGGAUUACUGGGCAAGCUCCACAAGGUUCAAGAUAUUGUCAUUAGCGUUCAGAAUUUCCUUGAUACAAUAGCAUCUUUUGGCGAAAGACUGAAGAACGUUUUCAAUUGGACCGUGCCAUUUCUGGGCAAGUUGGGCUGCACUGUACUUGCUGUCUGCACAAUCGUCUUGUACUUUGUCCCACUGCGGUAUCUCCUGCUGAUUUGGGGCAUACACAAAUUCACUAAGAAGCUAAGAAAUCCAUACGCCAUCGAUAAUAAUGAGCUCCUUGACUUCCUGUCCAGAGUGCCGUCAGAUGUCCAAAAGGUACAACAGGCGGAGCUGAGACUAAGCAAUGGGCUCGCUGCUGCAAGGAAGAAGAAAGGCACGUCGUAGCUGGCGGAGAGGACGGCUUGUUGCUGCUUUGAUCUUGUGACUGAGACCAACGUCAACAGUCCCCACUUCAGAUUGUCCACUUCCCAAUUUGCUGUGGGUACGACCAUCCAUCUGAUCAGUCAAGGUUUAAAAACAAAAGUGACAUUUGCAAAGCCAGUUUGAUGGCAAUAUGUGCAAUAUUUUGAAGUCAUUCGGAUAUCAUCUGGAUCAUGUGUCUUGCAAUAUUAUGAUUUGUUGUCCUGUCUGUGCUUCUUUCUUGACUCGCUGGAAGAGUGCAGUGUCUUUUGAGGUUGGCUGGUCAUCUGAUGAGACACCCAUGUUUUGCCACAGAAGGCACUGGAGGCCAAUUCACUGGAUGUUUUCAAGAGAGAGUUAGAUAUAGCUCUUCGGGCUAAAGGAAUCAAGGGAUAUGGGGAGAAAGCAGGAACGGGGUUCUGAUUUUGGAUGAUCAGCCAUGAUCAUAUUGAAUGGCGGUGCUGGCUUGAAGGGCUGAUUGGCCUACUCCUGCACCUAUUGUCUAUGUUGUUCUAUUUUCCUGCAUUACACGAGGUGCUUUCUCCAGAGAAUGAGCCGCCGGCAUUUUUCACUCCAUCACCUUCACGGCUUGGUGAAGAGACCAAAUGUCAGAGGGUGGUGAAUCUGUAGGAUUCGUUGCCACAGACGGCUGUGGUGGCCAAGCCAAUGGGUAUUUUUAAGGUGGAGAUUGGUCGGCUCUUGAUUAGUACGGGUGUCAGGGGUUAUGGGAUGAAGGCAGGAGAAUGGGGUUGAGUGGAUGAGAUGGAUCAGCCAUGAUUGAAUGGUGGAGUCGACUUGAUGGUACGUGGACCAUUGAACAGAACAGCACAGGAACUUCAGCCCACUAUGUUGGUGUCGAACAUGAUCUGACCUCAUCAUGAUCCAUAUCCCUCUCUUCCUAGCACUUCCAUGCGCCUAUCCACAAGCCUCUUAAACACCACUAUUGUAUCUGCCUCCAUUACUGGAAUACUGAGAAUUCCCUUUACUGAGAGGGUGAUUAAUUUGUAGAACUCAACCCCUUCCAACUGCCCGCAGUUGAGUUGAGUUAAGUUUAUUGUCACGCACGCCAAGUUACAGUGAAAAGAACUGUAGAUGUUCAAACAUUGAGAUCUUUGGACGCUGAGUGGACCAAGUGAUAUGGUGACAGUGGGCAGGUGGACAAGGUGUAGGGUCAGCCAAUGUCUUAUUGAAAGAUUAAAGGUGCUACAACUACUCAUUCUAAUUCCCAUGGAUGUCGUCUGACAAGGUAUAAAGGGGCCUUUUACCUUUCUGGACAUUCUAUCGAACGAAGAUGAGAGCAGAUUGACAAAAGCAUCAACUCUAUCAUUUUCAGCCACAGUGUGGUUCGGGGGAUGAGUGUAAAUAUCCCACGGGUACAUUGAUGGUGUGUAACAGUGCUCAUCGAUGCUGCCUUGCUGUAUUAAGCUGAGAGAUGGAUACAACAAAGUGGGAGAAUCUUUUCCUGCUUUGGUUGGCCCACACUUAAACCAAAAAUGCGCUAUGGCACUAAGUAGAAUGUUGAUGAAGUUACGGAUAAAUAUUUCCCCGUAAAAAAGAUUCUUGAAGAUUUGUAUUUCACUUGGCUCCGAUGUAAACUGCUGCACAUACAACGAGCUGUUUUUAGAGUCACAGAGAGAGAGUCAUAGAGUCUAACAGCGUGGAAACAGGCCCUUCAGCCCAACCUACCCACACCGACCAUCAUGCCCCAUCUACUCCUGCCUGUGUGUGGCCUAUAUCCCUCUAAAACCUGUCCUAUCUGUGUACCUGUCCAAAUGUUUCAUAAACAUUGCGAUAGUCCCUGUCCCAACCAAAGAUCCUAUAGCAGAGCAAGAUAGACCACUCCUUCUAAAUUGAAUGGGCUGACGUGUAGUACGCAAUGGAGUGGAACGUGGGCCUUUUUUCACACAUUUCAGUAACCCGACCCGACUCGCAGUGUAAUUAACGUUGCGGGGGAACAGUUUGUGUUAAUAAAUUAUCAUUCUGAAAAUGAGGAGAAGAUUUUUACCAAAGAACUUUUAUUUUUACGAGGGUGUUUCCGUAACCGGCCUCCAUCUCCGCACUAGUUAUCUUUGGGGAUCUUUGGUGCGGAGACGGAAGCCGGUUACGGAAAUGGGGCCGAAAAUUCCCCAUGAAUCUGCCCAUGACUGUACGAUGUCUUUUUCGUAGAGUGGUCUAUCUUGCUUGCUAUUGGAUCUUUGGCCUCAACUACCUCCUCCGUCAGCUCGUUCCAUACAUCCACCCCACUUGGCCUGAAGAGGUCACCCUUGGAAUUCUUAUCAAAUCUUUCCCCCAUCACCUUCAGCCUAUAUCCUCUGCUUCUCGAUUCCACUACUCUGGGCAAGAGACUCUGUGCGUCUACCCGAUCUAUUCCUCUGAUGAUUUUAUACACCUCUGUAAGAUCACCCCUCAUCCUCCUGUGCUCUAAGGAAUAGAGUCCCAGCUUGCUCAGCCUAAACCGAUAUAAAUGGUUUUGGCUGGCAAGAUGGCAGGUGUGGUCAUACAGGCUAACCGAUCGGAACAUAACGUGAUGGCUAGCUCAUUUAUUGAUAUUCUGUUGGUGGAAACAGAAGUAAAACACUUCCACAAUGCGUAAACGAAACACUCGGCAUUGUACAUUCCUUUUCUUUAAAUUAUUUAUUAGGGGAAAUUUGAAUCUUGUACGACUGUGGAAUUACUAAGUGUAAAACCUGUAGCAACUCGUUGUAGAAAAUUAUAGCCUGGAUAUAAUGCUCUCAUCCUUUUUACAAUCUUUUUCAAUAAUUCAGUAUUCACAAGAGUAACCAAAUGUUUGAAAUACAUGUUGUCAUGAAUGUUUUGUGGGAUUUAUAAUGAAUGAACAAUUUGUACAAACAAUUAAAGGGAAUUUUAUUUUUAAC